AUGGUGUUCGGUAAAGUCGCGGCGGCCGCACUCGUCUUCGGCAUCCUCUAUGCCAUCAUGUUCUCCUACAUGUGCGUCAUGUACGCAACCAAGCGGUACAAGUGGAAGUCGCGCUUUACGAUUCUGUUCCUGCACGCAGCGAUUCGUGUGGCUUCUCAAGCUUGCGGAGUCGCAUUCGGCGUCUUGCUGUGGAAGAACACGGAAGUCUUCGUCGCGUACCUCAUCCUCGGCGCUGAGGGAUACUUCUCCCUCACCAUUGCAUCAUAUUACUUCCUCCGGCACUAUGAGUUGCGAAACUUUGGUAAGAGUCGCCUCGGACAACUCAACCCCGCUGUGGGGACUUGGAAGCGCGCAGCACAGAUCUGGACUUGGAUGCCGCUCUGGGCACCGUGGCGAUACACCCGCGACAACGUUAUUAUGAUCGUUGACGCUUGGCUAAUCCCCGCAAAUGCCCUCAUCAUCACUGGCGGAUCACUCAUGGUCGCAGCCAUGAAUCCCGAGGCAAACCACCUGACCGCCAAGCAGGCAGCUGACCGCCUCAACCUCGCCAAGGGUUUCCGCACUGCCGGCCAAGCCGUCUUCCUCACCCUCACAUGCGUAUGGGUCCUCUUUGUUCUCAACGCGCUCCGCAAGACUGUCGCUGCGCGUCUUUCGCGUCGCAAACACAUUGCAUGCGCCGUCUUCGGGACCAUCGGCGUCUUCCUCAUCAUCCGCGGUGUCUUCGGUGUCCUCCAAAGCGUUAUCUGGAAGCUCAGCUACUAUAACCCUUCAAACUAUGACGCUCAAGGGUUCACCACCGAGUUUGUCGCUCUUGAGAACGUACUCGCUGUUAUGCCCGAGUUUGUCGCUGCCGCACUGCUUAAUGCCAGCUAUUGGGCUACGCACAAGCACGCCGACGAGGUACUCCCCUUCGAGAAUGGAAGCAACGAGCCUGAUGGGCACCAGGAGACUAAGGGCCUCAACGUCUAA